AUGGCAGUCGUCAUCCGUUUACAGGGACUCAGUAUCGCAGCGGGCUCUGAGGAUAUCCGCAAGUUCUUCACUGGCCUAAAAAUUCCGGAUGGAGGGGUGCAUAUUAUUGGUGGGGAGCGAGAGGAAGCAUUCAUUAUCUUUGCUUCGGAUGAAGAUGCAAGAAGAGCCAUGACGCGGUCGUUGGGUUGCAUUAAAGGUUCGCCUGUGACAUUGCUUCUGAGCAGUAAAGCAGAAAUGCAAACUGUGCUCGAGAGAAGUACAAAAUCUGUAGAGCUUGAUCAAAAGAGGCGACUAGAAGAAAAUUCAAGACGUGCUGGAAGAUCUGUGGACUCUGAGGUGGGCAGGAGAUCCGUUAGCAGAUUGGAUCACACUUCCUCACAGCACAAGGGGCCUUCAAGCACCAAUGAUGACCUCCUGUAUUUGUUUCUAAAAGGAAUGCCUUUCUCAGUGACCGAAGAGGACAUCUUGAGUUUUUUCAGUGGUUUAGCAGUUGAUGACAUAAUCUUGUUUAAAACUGGAUAUGGUGCGAAGAACGGGAAGGGUAUUGCAAAAUUUGCAACCACUAAGGAUGCGUAUGAAGGUCUGAAGAGGGAUAGACAGUACAUAAGGGCAAGGUAUGUAGAGGUUUCUCCAUCAACAGCAGAGGACUGGCGUAAGGCUGGUGGUAGUGUGUCAUUUGAUGGCAACACAGGUGACAACUUUUUAAGGGAUAGAUCUCCAAUUCGCAGUCAGAGAAAUCCACAACAUCAUGCAAGGUCCCAGUCACCUGUGGCUCAGAGGUCUGUUUCUUCUUCAGAUGAAGAGUACUGUGUUUUGUUGGAAAAUAUGUCCUACACAGUGGAAAAAGAAGACAUAAAAAAGCUCUUUCGAAAUGCUAACCUUGAAGAUGGCCAGAUCCUUCACCUCAUGGGCAGUGAUGGCAAAAGAACUAGGUCUUCAUUUGUACUGUUCAGGAGUCUGCGAGACUACUGUGAUGCCUUGAGUAAUGAAAAAAGACUAUUUCAGAACCGAUGGGUUUACACUCGUCCAAUUUCAAGAGAAAAAAUGAUCACCCUGCUGGAAUCUCAGGGCAUGAGUGACAGACCUGCUGAUAAAUCUGCCAGAUUUCUGGAGAGGCCUCCAGCUCACCCCAGUGAUGCGCACAAUGCUGAGAAAUUGUGUCUGCUCGUGCGAAAUCUGCCCCUCGAUGUGCGAAAAGUGGAGAUCAUGGACUUUUUCCUUGGGUUUGAUAUCACUGAGGACAGGGUGUUUGUGAUGAGUGACCAUAAUGGUGAUGGGGUUGGACAGGCUCUGGUUCUUUUCCGGUCUGAGACAGAGGCUAUGAGUGCCCUCUCUCUCAAUGGACAAAGGUUUCUUGGGUCAGAAGUCAUACUGAAAUGCAUUUCACGGUCCCAGAUGCUGCAGUUGGGGUUUGAGCCAUCAGUGAUGCAAGAGCAGCGUGUACAAAAUCCACUGCCAAGAGGAGAGCACUACACAGACAGGAGCAAUAUGUCAUCCUAUCGCCCAGGUGACCCGGAGUAUCCUGACUACAGGAUUUCUCAGGAUGGUGAUUCACCAAUACCUUACACACGUGCUUCAACCCAUGGUGGUUUGGAUAAUGACUCCUAUAUGGUGGGUGGACAUGCUGCGCGAGAUUGGGGUAAUGGUGGUCAGGGCAGCUUUAAUGCUAAAGCACAGAAUUUUGAUGGCCCCACCUGUGUACAGCUACUUAACUUGCCGUUCCAAAUCAGACGAGAAGAAAUCUAUGACUUUUGCUAUGGAUAUCAGAUCAUCCAAGGAUCUGUCUCACUGCAGUAUGACCAAAGUGGAAGACCAAAAGGCUCUGCAACUGCAGUGUUUGAGUCCCGCCUGGAAGCGCUGAAAGCAAUUGAGGAAUUGAGUGGAAGACCAAUAGGUCCAAGAAGAAUACAGCUACAAUUCGUGUAA